GUGUCACCUUUGAGCGCGUCUUGAUGUCCUUGAGAUCACGAUAAUUACUGUCGUCCAAUCAAACACCAGAAAUGUUUGUUAGUUUGUCAGCUGGAGCAUUGUUUUAUGCAUCUGGUAAAGUCGUGCAUGGUUUUGGAAGAGGAUCAAAACAGCUGGGAAUUCCAACUGCAAAUCUUGAAGAAUCUAUUGUUACUGAAAUACCAGACUCAACUAAAAAUGGCAUUUACUUCGGAUGGGCUAAAUUGAGCAACACUCCAGUGUAUAAAAUGGUGAUGAGUAUUGGAUGGAAUCCUUAUUUUAAAAAUAUCAAACGUUCUGUGGAAGUCCAUAUACUCCAUAGAUUUGAGGAGAAUUUCUAUGGUGACACAAUUGAGGUAAUUGCUGUUAAGUACUUCAGACCUGAAUAUGACUUUCCAAGCAUUGCGGAUUUAAUUAAACAAAUACAUACAGAUAUAUGUGAAGCUAAUUUAUUCCUUGAUAAAUCAGAAGCUUUGGUCUGGAGUAAACAUGAUUUGUUCAAUGAAAAAAGAUCGAUGAUCAACUACAAAUGUACUUAACAGAAACACAUUCAUUAUAUCUUCUUCUAUAGUAACUAAUCUAUUGUAUAUAGAAUAGAUUUAUGCGCGGAUAUGUAAAUGAUAGUUGAUGAUGGUGUGAAAUGAGAUCAACCCCAUUUUGACUAAUUUGAUUUUUUAUAUAUUUUUCUUAUUAUUAUCAUUAUUGUUCUGGCACGUUUUAACUUGAAUAGAACUGUAUUAUGGUUUAAUAAUUUAGUUGUAUUAUCCAUAUAUCUAUCGGUUAACAAGCAAUCGCCAAUGAUGUAUGAUACAUAUACAUAUACUAGCCAAUUCUCUGAGUUGUUUUCCGACAUUUCUAGAUUAGAAAGGGCAAAGAACAGUGUAGGAAGUGUUAUUAAUAAUCUGUCAGUACUUAUAUUUCUCAUGUAUUUAUUUAUGUGUAGUUAAGGCGAUCUAAAUAAUACCAAAAUCUGUUUUGAAAUAUGAAUUAGUGAAGGAUCUAUUUGCCCAUAUAAUGUCUUAUUCUCAUAUUUGUAUAUUUGCUGUGUAACUUUGAUACACCCCAUGUUCUAGGCUUAGUAGUCUAUUUAUAAAUAUGCUUAUUGGUCAAUUGAAUAAUUGUGAUAUGUGCAACAUUCCUGGCUGUUGAGUCCAGAACAUCAACCUCAGCUUCCGCAAUACGAAUAGUGUAUUUCAAGCAUACUGGGUUCAUGUACAAGCCAAACAGACCACAUCGUACCAUAAAAUAGAAAUACAAAAUCUAGCCAAGUGUGGAUGUGAAUGUGGGGGACUGUAAUUAGUAGACUGGGUAUAACUCAAGAGUGGUAAAUCGUAUAGUAAUAGUCUGUGGGUCGAAAUAAAGCUCAUAAUAAGAGAAACAUGAAUAUGCGUAGUUUAGUUACUUAACAAUUAUACAAUAAAAAAUAUAUGUAUAGUUAUUAGUCCAGAAAUAGAUCGCAACAGUUACCAUUUAUUAUUCUCACUGGGAUAUAAUAGAUACUUAGCACAAUCAGUCCUGUGUGGUAGUGAAAGUAAAGUAUGAUUAGUCGUUGAGUUUGGGCAAACAACUACAGUCUACGGAUUAUUUAAUAUGUGAUUUUCCUUCCUGUCAUUGAUUUCUAC